GCCAGACACUGUUAUCAAUCAUUGAAUGUCACGUACAAGGCAGACGAUACAUUUAACCUGACGCAUUAUCCCAGCAUGCUUCGCGCAACACUGGGCAGCUACCGAAGAUGUCAAUAGAAGCUUUGUCAACGACAAUUAGAAACUUUGUUCAUGGAGUCUAUCGUCUGAACGGAGCGCGCUCCUUUCCCUUGAGACGUCAGAUCCUCUACCAUGAAGCUCCCCUUGCAGACUCCCUAACCGACACAGUUGUCAACCAGUAGCAGUUCGGUCACCUGGCUAUCUCACUGAAGCGAGGACUGCCGCUCGAAUUCUUCAAAUGUUACUUCAGAGCGGGUUAUCUCGUAGAUCUGACACCCUACCUGUGGACACCGUGGAAGAGACUCAUUUCACCCGUGCAUCGCGUGUAGUAGCGUCGUACUGAUCUCUUUCCCUGGAUAAACGCGGAUUACACUAAACUAACAGCAUGGGUCUGGUUGUGUCCACUGUGCAGUACAUCUUCGGUGUAGGUCGAGACAUGGACACGCCGGAUGAAGCCACGGGACUGACGGAACGCCAGAAGGACGCCAUCAGAGCCAGCUGGGCUCUGGUCAGUAUCAACCUCAAGGGCAAUGGAGUUAGCUUCCUUAUCAAGUUUUUCCAGGAUUACCCCGAAGACAAAGCCUUCUUUGAAGCAUUCAAGGACAAGAAACCGGAAGAACUUGGUGAUAACCCAAAAAUGCGUGCGCACGCUUCGACGGUGAUGCAUGCGCUGACCUCGGUUGUGGAUAACUUGGAUGAUCCCGAAUGCCUCAUUGACAUCCUCAAGAAAAACGCCCAGAGUCAUUUUGGACGAAACAUCAGGAUCCAACAGUACAAGGAUCUGUUCGAGACCUUCAUCCGAUUCCUGCAGGAAGGUCUGGGGGACAAGUGCACAGACCUGACCAAAGAGUCGUGGGAGAAAGCUCUCGGUGUCGUGGUUUCAGUCAUUGAGAGUGAAAUGACAGCAUUAUCAAAUGGCCCUACCAAGUAAACGAACUGUUCUGGAACCAUAGCUUUGUGACGUCACACUAUUCGUCAGAGACGGUUUGCGCCACAUCAGCGUUCUCUACGUUACCAUGAAACAACGUGAGACAAUUGUCUCAGGGUGGAUGUCUCAGAGAAGUGGUAUCAUUUCCUGGGUAUCUUUGAAUUGUAUCAUCACCAAUUAAAUGUAAUCAACCGUAGUGUGUAGCACUGACGUGGUGCUGGUGGGUUCGAAUCCCGGAUUCGCCCUGAUUAUCGUCCAAGGUUUGUCAGCACCGUACCCAUGCACGUGGGUUUCCCCAAGUAAACGUCACUUCGAGUUUUCCUCCCACAAGCUGACACGCAGUGGUAUAACUGGAAUACUGUUCACUGCAGCGUCUGGGGCGGUCGGGUAGCCUCGUGGUUAAAGCGUUCGUUCGUCACGCCGAAGACCCGGGUUCGAUUCCCGACAUGGGUACAAUGUGUGAAGCCCAUUUCUGGUGUCCCCCGCCGUGAUAUUGCUGGAAUACUGCUAGAAACGGCGUAAAACCAUACUCACUGAUUUACUGCGGUGUUAAGCAAAUAUCACUCAUCCCCACUGACUUGGUGUGUCUAUUGGUGAACGCAGGUUUAAAAGCUAUCAUCUGUGACCAAAGACCUGUGGGUACUAAGGUUUAAACGAUAUAUAAAUGGAACAUGUUGAAGCGUUCCGUCAGAUCAUCACUUGUGAAUUAUUAUUCUACACCACCGAUAUGUGGAUAGGAAUAUGCUAAUUGUGAUAUGAAAGUCAUACUAAACAUGUCCUAUGUUUCAUGUAAGGUUUAUAAAACAUAUAUUUACUUCUAGUUAAAUGUUGUUUAAUUUGCAAUAUUUCAAAUGACAAACUGGUCAAAAACAGAUUGAUGGCACGUUUAAAUAACCUUCACCUUGCGUGACCUUUGAUAUAUUUUAGACAUAGUUCAAACGUCUGGGACAAUAGAAUUGUUUGAGUACAAAUUCUCAGCAAUAGGUACAAAAUACACACACAGGAAACGGAGUCACGUGUUUAUCAUGCUUUCCGAGUUCAGGACAGGGAAGGUACCACGUGACCGAAGAUUUCAUGAUAUGGAAGAUUGCGGGUCUAUAUAGUGCAGUGUUUUCAUACUAAAUGUACAAUAUCGUUAUUCAUAUCCUGACAUUUACGCCUCUGGGUCAUGUGUAUUUGAUUGUGUGGAAUAGUACUGUCUCAACUUAUCGUCUUCAUCCUGUGGAAACGGUGCCGUAUGAUUUGUGUCCUUUAAAAAUAGAAAUUAAUUGCUUCCCACUUUCAACAUACAUAUAUAAAACACGAUGCUAUAUUUCGUAAAUUAUUAAAUUAAUUUAAUAAAAGGUAUCGUUAGAUUGGAAUCAUACAUUUGUCAUAUUAGGUACUGUUAAAUUGAUUUAAUUGAUUUAAUGUAUCUUUUGACGAGUAUUCAAAAUUAUUGCUUGGUGAAAUUAGUAGAACAAUCUUGAUGAAUGGGAUGUUGUCACUGUGUGCUGAAGGCAUUACACAACGCCCUGUGACAUGUAAAAUUGUCGUACACGAACGUAUGUUGCACAUUGAAUCGUAGUUACUGUAAUGUACACAAGUACAUGGUGUUUUAGUCAGUUCAUGGUACACCGUAAUCUAUCACCUGCACAUCUCGAUUAAUAAUUAUUUUAUCUUUUCGUGGAUGUGGGAUUUUUUACUGUCCAACUACGACAUUGAAAGAGUAACAGGUUGUCUAAAAUACUUUGAAGAGUCGCGUCCCUUAGACGUGCAAGGAUCCGUGGUUGUGGUUUCAAACAUCAUACCCGUAUUCGAUGUUAUUUCCAAAGUGAAAGAUGUAUAAGACCGUAUCAAUUUCGGGCUUUUUCUCCAAAUCAAUAUCACCUUGUCUUCAAAUUUUUGGCCAGACUGAUGAAAAAGGAGGAAUAAGUUAUUCCUUGCCCUGGUAUCAGUGCAGAGGAGUGAAGUAUACAUUGAUAACCGAAACUUACAUGGAACGCUUGAGGCUAAUGUAAAGAGUUGCGUCCCUUAGUCGCGCCAGAACCCAGUGGUCGUUUCAUUUCAGACAAAUGUGACUGUUUCAUUCACAAGACCUCUUUCACAUACCAAAUGCGGCAACGCAAAGCUGAGAGAACUAAAUGACUCAAAUGCUGAUCCAAGUUAUAUGAAAAGUGCCCAGCUGCACAGGUUACGGAUGGAAACCCGGAAACAGAUAUUGUUUCUGUACGCAUGCGUUGAUGGUGUACCCUGGUCAGUGACGUAAUGAGUUUUGUAUAAUUGUAACCACCAUUAUGAUCAUAUUUGUUUGCGACAUCAAGCUGUUCCGCACACUGCAGUGAAAAUCUAAUGUGCCUAAAGGAGCUGACCUUCACCUCUGCGCAAGGUUCAAGGUUUACGUCUUUGCUGUCGCCUAGUUUGUGUAUAUAACAUGAUAUAAUGCUGAACACAGUUACAUUGUAACAUUGUUACACAAAGCCUAUUCCUUUAAAACAAUGAAGGUUACGCCCAGGUCAUGUACAAGAUGUUGUGCUUUUUGUAUCUUUGAACGAUGUGUUUGUUAAGUGGCACCAAAUGUUGUGUUCAAGGACAUGCUGUAACCCUUGGUAUUUAACAGACAUGCUGGAACGCCUGUUGAUUAAGGACGAGAUGUAAAGCCAAUUUGUCCAAGGAUAUACUGUAACACCUGUUUGUUCAAGGACGUGGUGUUACGACAGCUUGCUCAAGGGCGUGAUGUUACGACUUCUUGUUCAAGGACAUACAAUAACACCUGUUUGUUCAAGGACGUGCUGUAACGCCUGUUUGUCCAAGGACGCGCUGUAACGCCUGUUUGUCCAAGGACGCGCUGUAACGCCUGUUUGUCCAAGGGCGUGCUGCAACGACUGUUUGUCCAAGGACAUGUUGUAAAGCAUUCUUGUCAAGGCAUAUGUUGUAACGCUAACACCUUGUAACUAUGUAUCUACAGAAUCUUUCACAUAUUUGGACUGUAAAUUUUUAUCAUUUUCAAUUUUAUAUUUGUGUUGUCUCGUUAAUUACUGACAUUUUUAUACUUUUGUGAUAUCUGGAUAUGUUGCUGUGGAAGAAAUACACUGUACUAUUAUUGUC